AUGUCAGAUUCGCAACCUGGGUCAACUUCUCCUACCGGCGGCAAGUCUGAUAGUGGAUAUAUACCUGGAGAUGAUACAUGGACCCAAUGGCGCAAUAUAUUCGCCAUCUUGACGGGAAAGAUGACGGAUGAGGGAAAGGAACAGUUCCGGAUCGCACGAGAUAUCCGCAAUGAAGCCGCAGAUUGCAAGCGCUGCGAAGAUCAAAGAGACUACCUAUUACAGUACAGUCCGAUCAUACGGUUUUUGAGCGACAACAUUCGACAGCUAGGGGGGGAUCUUUCCAGUCACAAUAUCUAUUGCCGUCGCUGUACUAGCAGAAAGGCUGGGGGCUUUGAUCCAGAAUAUGGCAUCUUGCUUUGCGCGAACGAGAUGAAGGACCAGGGGCACCUGGAGGACACAAUGGCACAUGAGAUGGUCCAUGCAUAUGACCACCUAAGAUUUAAGGUGGACUGGACGGAUAAUCUGAGGCAUGCAGCUUGCACAGAGAUCCGAGCAAGCUCACUUAGUGGUGAGUGCAGGUGGGCGCGAGAAUUCUUCAGACGUGGUCAGUGGAAGUUCACGCAACAACAUCAGGAGUGUGUAAGAAGAAGGGCCGUCUUGUCAGUAAGGGCUAGACCUGGGUGCAAGGAUGAAGCCCAUGCGGAGAAAGUGGUCAAUGAGGUUUGGGACAGCUGUUUCAGAGACACGAGGCCCUUCGAUGAGAUUUAUCGUUGA